UACGCACAUUGUACAUCAUCAUCAUAACAUAACAUAAAGGAAACCAACACAGUCACACGUACGUACACACUCUUCCUCUUUCGUCAUGGCACCAAAUUGGGGCUUUUCUGUCAAAUUAGGGCACGCAAUUUAUUCUUGAUUCAUUCGUCGUCAAUUGAGACUAUAUCCUCAAAAUUCACAACCAUCCACCCCCACCGGAGAAGAUGUGAUCCCAGUUCUUAGAUCGAUUUAUUUGCAAUUCUAAGUAACUAUCAUCAUCAUCAUCAUCAUCUAAUCAAUUCAAUUCAAUUCAAUCUGUUAGGGUUUUUUUUUGCCAUGUCGUUGUCGGAUCGGACCAAGGUGGUGGUGCGGCACUUGCCUCCUACCAUCACCGAGGCAUCUCUUUUGCCCCUAAUCGACUCCGCCUUCGCCUCUCGCUACAACUGGCUCUCUUUCUAUCCUGCCAAAAUCAGCCAGAAGCAUACCUCAUAUUCUAGAGCUUACAUUGACUUCAAGAACCCUGAUGAUGUUAUAGAGUUUGCUGAGUUCUUCAAUGGACACGUCUUUGUCAAUGAAAAGGGAACACAGUUCAAAGUCAGUGUUGAAUAUGCUCCUUCGCAGCGUGUUCCAAAGCAGCAGUGCUCUAAAAAGGAUGCCCGUGAUGGAACCAUAUACAAAGAUCCCGAGUAUCUCGAAUUUCUUCAACAACUAUCCAAACCUGUUGAGAAUCUCCCUAGUGCUGAGAUUCAGUUGGAGAAAAGGGAGGCCGAACGAUCUGGUGCUGGGAAAGAUAUUCCUAUAGUUACACCACUUAUGGACUUUGUGCGCCAAAAAAGAGCUACCAAGGGACCACGGAGAUCACUGUCUAAUGGAAAAUUGAGCAGAAGAACUGUUACAUCAUCAAAUGGAAGCUCUAGUUCUGCCCCGUCAAGACGCGGUUACACAAAGAAGAGAGUUUCCACCACAAUGUAUGUUGCACGGGACCCAGGGAAAAGUUCUACUGUAAAAGACAAAUCAACUUAUAUUUUGGUUCCCAGGCAAGGUGAUCAAAAUCUUUCAAAUAAAUCUUCAAAUAUAGCUUCUUCAGAUGGAAACCAAACUUUUGAUGAGAAUGGAAUUGCUGGAAGUAAUAAUGUUGGGAAGAAGAAAGUACUACUUCUUAAAGGGAAAGAAAGAGAAAUAAUCACCGUAUCUGAUUCAGAUAACAUGUCGCAACAUCAUAGCAUAACAUCUUCAACUAAAACAAUUCUUAGUUCUACAGCUCUGAAACAGAAUCAGCAGCAUGAAGGUAGUGGAAGGAUUAUCAAAAACAUACUCACAAACAAUGAUUUUCGACAAAGUCAGUCUUCCAGGAGCCACUCUGAGCGGCAGAUCCAAACAUCUAAUUUAGAAAAAGAAAAACAAACCACUCGCCCAGUUCAUGUGCAAUUGAUUUUGAAGGGCACUGAUGGUGCGCCAGAGAAUAGGAUUACUGUGCAUGGUUUACAUGUUUCUGGUGAGAGACAGGAGAGGCGUUUUAGACAUAAGGAUAGACCUGACCGUAGUGUUUGGACAAGUCGUUCCAAUGGAGGUGAUGAAUCUUUAUCAUCCUUAGCUUCUUCACAAGUAGAUCCUUUAGAAGGUACAUGCUUUAGUUUCACCUGUGGCAUCAAUUUGGCAAUUGUUGAUUAUUCCUUUGACAAAUUAAUGUACAAAAUAUUAUCAUUUUGUUCUUCACAAGUUGAAAUUUUUAUUAUAUUUGUAUGCAAAACAGGAGGUCAUGCAGAGUUGAAACGCGACGCACAAAGUGCAAGAAAUGGGGAGGUAAAAUCUCUUGGAAGUCUCCGUGCCAGUCAUUCAUCAGAAAAUGGUUUCAGUAGGCAUUUUGGUCGCCGUGGACCAAUACAUGGGGUGAAGGAUGUUGAUGGCUAUUCAAUUUCGAGUGAAGGAAAUCAUCCUAGAAAAUCUAGUUCCUCAGCUUACGGUUCUAAUGAGAAACAAGUUUGGGUCCAAAAAGCUAGUUCUGGGACCUAGAGUAUUUAGAUUGUGCUAAGCUUGGUGACAUACAAUUUUGGAGCAUGCAUACAUUUGCUAGGAUUCUGUCUCUUUUUGGUUGACAGAUUCUUAUAAGUGAAGGAGUUGGUGUGGUUUAAAAAAUUCUUUUACAAUACACGGGAGGAAAAAGUACUGUAAUGCACUUGAUUUGGCUUAAAAUAUCUGGACAUGACUUCAUUGAAGAUGGCUCCGAGUAAAAAGAGAAAUGAAAGCAGUGGAAUAACAUUGCCCGGUGUCUCAUUUUCAAGUUACCUGUUUGAAGAAUAAUGGAUAGAUUUGCAUAGCCUGACAAGUUGUCUGGCUUUAUAUCUUAAGUAGUUUUAGUGUAAAUAUUUCUUCAACAUAUACAAUCCCUUAUUAGCCAAGGGUAUUGGCAUCCUUAGUUUCAACAUAUACAAUCCUUUAUUUUAGCUGUUUGCCAAAUACAAGUCAGGGUUUGCUAAUGAUUUUAUUCCUAGGUAAUUUUUUGAUUACAUGGAUGAUGUAGCAGACUCGUGUCUUCGGUUUGUUGACAGUGAAGUUACUUGUAGAUCUGAAAUUGCCUUAGAUGGCAACAUGGUGUGCUACUAUAAAAGAGUUUUGGGGAAUUAUUAGUGUGGAUUUUGGUUUUCUAUAAAAUAUCAAUCAAUGUAUAGUAUGGUGUUUGCAUA